CACUCCGGGGUUCCUGGCCCUUCUUUUAUCUUCCCAAACCCCACUUCUCAUUCUCUCUCGCUCAAAACUCCUUCAUUUCUAAGCUCACACAGAUUUCACAGAGAAAAGAAACAAAAGGCCAACACAGAGAGAGAGUGUAUUAACCUAUUAGCAGAAAAAAAGAAGGAGAGGAAUAUAUUUAUAGCAGAGAAGAGAGGAGAAGAUGUUGCUGGGAAAGAGGCCACGUCCACCAAUGAAAAGAACAACGAGCAUGAGUGAGAUCACUCUUGAUCUAAACACCAACUCCGAUGGUGCUCCACCACCGCAGCUGAUGAUCUCCGAUUCUACUACUCAUCAGAACAACCCCACCAACACCCAGAGACACCCUACUAAUGCUUCUUGUGGUGGUGGUGGUGGUAGUGCCUCACAGUCACAGAGACGUGGAGGUGGUGGUGGUGGUGGCGGCCUUGAUGGACUAAACCAGCAGUUAUUGCAACCCACCACCAUGGUCUCACCUAGAAACCAUAGGCGCAAUUCUGUUGAUUCUGUUGACACCGCUCACUUCUUAAGGGCUUGCUCUCUCUGCAAGCGCCGCUUGUUCCCUGGCCGUGACAUCUACAUGUACAGGGGUGAUAGUGCUUUUUGCAGUCUAGAGUGUCGGCAGCAACAGAUGAACCUAGAUGAGCGAAUGGAAAAGUGCUCAUUGGCUUCAAAGAAAGAUGUGACUGGUGUUUCGUCCACCACAAUCGGACCCCAAGUCUCCACUAAAGGUGAAACUGUUGUGGCCUUGUAGCCCCAAUCGUACACUUUCCAUGCUUACACACAACAUAUUACAUGUAAUAUCUAGAACUUACAGUUAUAAUAUAUGUGGAGUGCGGUGCUAUAUAGGGUGGAGAUAUCCUCUCUUUUUUUUUCUUUUUUUUUUUAAUGCUAUUGUGGGGGGUCAAGUUUUGAAUGGAAGCUGUAAUUUUAUGUGGAUCAUCUAGAACGUAUACAAGUAACAAUAGGCCUGUAAUUUCUGUUAGUUUCUUCCCUCUUGUUUUUGCUUUUGGUACUAAUGGAAGAAAUCUGCAUAUUUUACAAGUUAUGUGAA